CUUCUUCACAGUUCACAAAUGGAGGCUACAGCUGCUGAGUCUUUUCCAUAUUUUUUUUCUUGGUAGACAUUCCUCCACGCCAUUUCUCAGUUCUUAUUCAUGGUUUGCAGGUGAUGCACUCCCACCAAGUGGUAUUUGUAUGCCCAUGGCCCACGGGUCCGGUCCUGUCGAGACCUGCAACUCUGCAAGGAAGGCAGGGCGGUCCCCUUAGUUAUGCUAAUCAGUUCAAUGAGAUAUACUGUACAACUAGAUAUCUAAUUGAGCCAGGAUUAUAUAUGGUUGAGACUGAUUAACUUCCACAUCUUCAUUUAUUGAUAAUAGCUGUACAUUCAUAUCUCUCUAUGAAUGUAAAUAGCUCCGCAACUAUUAUCUUUCUUAAUAAUAAUUUUACGCUGUUAGAUUGGGUAGAGCCACUGAAGCCCAAAAACUAACUCCCUCCAGACAAUUUGCUCAUCCAAAAUGGGUUCUUCCAUCACUGGUUCUGCUAAGAAAAGGAUAGCAGUUGUUACAGGAGCUAGUAAAGGUAUUGGAUUGGAGACAUGUCGACAGUUGUCCUCUAAUGGAGUUCUGGUGAUCUUAACAGCUAGAGAUGAGAAAAGGGGUAUUGAAGCUGUUGAAAAUCUCAAAGGGUCUGGACUGUCUCAUGUGAUUUUUCAUCAGCUUGAUGUGACGGAGCCUUCCAGUAUUGCUUCCAUGGCAGAUUUCAAAACCCAAUUUGCAAAGCUUGAUAUUGUGGUACUUCUUGUUGCCUUUAUCAUCCAAUUUCAUCACCCAGUUGCAGAGAAGACAGAAGAAUGUCUGAAAACAAACUACUAUGGCUUCAAAGAAGUAACUGAAGCACUUCUUCCCUUCCUUAAACUUUCUGAUUCGCCCAGAAUUGUUAACGUUUCUUCUCGGCGUGGGAAGUUAAAGUAUAUCUCAAAUUCCCGGGAUAAAGAGGUGCUAAGUGAUAUAGAUUGCCUCACAAAAGAGAGAGUAGAUGAGGUGUUGAACCAGUUUGUAAAAGAGUUCAAGGAGGGCUCAUUAGAAACUAAAGGUUGGCCUGAAAUUCUAACAGCUAAUACAGUUUCUAAGGCAGCUAUGAAUGCUUAUACAAGGAUUUUAGCAAAUAUGCUCCCUGGGUUCCACAUAAAUUGUGUUUGCCCAGGCUGUGUCAAAACUGACAUUAACUGCAAUACUGGGGUGUUAACUAUUGAAGAAGGUGCAAAAAGUGUUGUGAGGUUCGCUCUGCUUCCUGAGGAUGGCCCUUCUGGUCUUUUCUUUAUGAGGUCUGAAGUAUCCCUUUUUGAAUAAGAAUGGUUCUAUGGCCCUUCUGAUCUUCUUUGUUCAAAUAGAAGAUACCAUUUGCAAAGGA